AUGUCCCUGAAUUCCGUGAACUCCCAUCCUAAACUGGGAUGGGCUCAGCUUACUCUGAUGACAAUGCCGGAACUGUUUGAUUCUAUACUCCUCCAGAAGCCCCAAUUGGCCUUUAUCAAGCAUGUCGAAGCGAUGGGCAAACACAAUCGGUUGUGGUUUGUCUUGAACUCGGCUACAGCUCAAUGUGAGACUGGGAUAGCUGCAACUGGGCUGAUUCCGAGUGAACGGUCUGAUGGCAGGUUCCGCAGGCUGGACAAUGUAAAAAAAUGCAAGUAA